CUCCAGAACCCCAGCCCUUGCCAGCACUGCAGGCUUGGAUGAAACGCCCCCAUCCUGUCUCCACCUGAACCUUCCUUCUGGCUCCCCCGCCAACUCCAUUGCCUUGCUCUUGCCCUCUGGUCCACUGGAGACUUGUAAAACCUGAAAGACCCCAUGUACUACCACCUCCUAGAGACUUUCCAUGGCUCCUCAGUGGCCCAGGACAAAGUCCAUACCUUUCAGUCAGGCCCCCACAGGCCCCACUGAGGGCUAAAGUGCUGACAGAGGAGCUGCUCCCUGACUGCAACACAAGGUCUCACCAAGCACUCCUCAACCUUGCAACAUUCCUUACCCGUGACACCGCUCAGAAGAUGAAGCACGCCUGCACUGCUCACAGAAGCUUGGCUUCUGUCUGCACAUGCUGGGCUUGUAACUCCAAGUUUUCCAGGCCAAUAGGGGUCACAGAACUCACACAUUUCUCUAACAAACCUUUGUUAGGCCCCGGCUGAGUCUCAGGCCUGGCUGCUGGGUACCAGCAAGAGCAUCCUGCCCUCAGCAAGAAUGGCUUAACUCCACUGGAGCUUCAGAACUGUCAGGGAGAGUGUGUGCAACCUCCAGGGAGGGUCUAUGCCAGGCUGGACAUCCCUGGGCUGCUGACUAUGCUCCCUGCACCCCAACAUUCUAUUACAUAUAUUUGUAAAUGUAACUGAAAAGUUGAAAGAGUUGUAUAUGGAAUACCCAUAUGCUGUCAGGUCACCACAGACCCGACAAUUAGUAUUUUGUUAUAUUUCCUGGCUGGGUGUGGUAGCUUAUGCUUGUGAUCCCAGCACUUUGGGAGACCAAGGCAGGCGGAUCAUGAAGUCAGGAGUUCAAGACCAGCCUGAUCAAUAUGGUGAAACCCCGUCUCUACUAAAAAUACAAAAAUUAGCCAGGCGUGGUGGCACGCACCAGUAGUCCCAGCUACUCAGGAGGCUGAGGCAGGAGAAUCACUUGAACCCGGGAGGCAGAGGUUGCAGCAAGCUGUUAUCCUGACACUGCACUCCAGCCUGGGUGACAGAGUGAGACUCUGUCUCAAAAAAAAAAAACACCCUCACACUCCCACACUCCCAGGAGGCCAGCCAACACACCUGGUGGAACUUUGCACACAGGGUAUCUUCUCUCUUCAAGCUUGAACUGCAGCUCAGUAACAAAUGGGCUACAGACACCAGGGGUUUGCCCAUGGAAGCCCCAAGGCCUAGAGAGGCUGCCAGAGAUUUGAUGGCUGUCACUCUCCAUUUGCAGCCUCAGUCCAGGGUCUGCCAGGCACCAAGAGCUCACACUUUGCCCUUCUAAGUGCCAGGCCCCUCAGAAGCCUGGCACUCAUUGUUUAGAGUGGGGGCUUCAGCACCAGACAAAUGCGGGUUUGUAUCCAACUCAACCACAUGCUGGUGAGAAGAGUCACCAUCUCUGAGCAGACCUGUGACUCCUGUUCCAAAUGGAUGCGGAACCACUGAGUUAUGAGGAACCAUGAUGUGUUACAACUCACAACCUGCCAGAACCUCACGGCCCUGGCCUUCACAGCAAAGUCCACUAGAGUAAGCAUUCCCUCACCAGUCAGAACAUCCUGGAUGCUGAGCAGCCUUUUCUGAGAGCCUGGUACCUUUGAUAGCCCUGGGAGACUCCUCUAAUCCCAGCCACCAGGUUGUCACUAUGGAACUAAUUAAACCAUCUGUCCUCAGUAUCCACAGCUCAACAUUAGAAUGGGAGAUGGUUCAGGGAGCCAAUUAGAGGCCAGGCAUUGGGAGGUGGUAGAGGUGAGAGCCUCACACCUGGGCUUUUAUCUGGUAAGUCCCCAGGAGUCAGGGGACCUUGGCCUAAAGAGCCUGUCUUGACUGGAGCGUGUGAGGGGACUGAGUCUACACAGCUGGCCUGGCCUCAGGCCUGGAACUUUAGCUCAAGGACAAGAACACCCAUAAAGCCAGGCCCAGCUCCCAACCUCACAUCUGCCACGAUGUUGCUGCUUAGCCUGACUCUAAGCCUGGUUCUCCUCAGCUCCUCCUGGGGCUGCGGCCUUCCUGCCAUCAAACCGGCACUGAGCUUCAGCCAGAGGAUUGUCAACGGGGAGAAUGCAGUGCCGGGCUCCUGGCCCUGGCAGGUGUCCCUGCAGGACAGCAGCGGCUUCCACUUCUGUGGUGGUUCUCUCAUCAGCCAGUCCUGGGUGGUCACUGCUGCCCACUGCAAUGUCAGCCCUGGCCGUCACUUUGUUGUCCUGGGCGAGUAUGACCGAUCAUCCAACGCAGAGCCCCUGCAGGUUCUGUCCAUCUCUCGGGCCAUUACGCACCCUAGCUGGAACCCCACCACCAUAAACAAUGACUUGACACUGCUGAAGCUCGCCUCGCCAGCCCAGUACACAACACGCAUCUCACCAGUGUGCCUGGCAUCCUCAAACGAGGCUCUAACUGAAGGCCUCACGUGUGUCACCACCGGCUGGGGUCGCCUCAGUGGUGUGGGCAAUGUGACACCAGCACGUCUGCAGCAGGUGGCUUUGCCCCUGGUCACUGUGAAUCAGUGCCGGCAGUACUGGGGCUCACGUAUCACUGACUCUAUGAUCUGCGCAGGUGGCGCAGGUGCCUCCUCGUGCCAGGUGAGCCAUGGCACCCCAUCCCCGGCACACCUCCCAAUCCCCCACAUUCACUUCUCCCUCCCUCUUCCUUCUCAGGGUGACUCUGGAGGCCCUCUUGUCUGCCAGAAGGGAAAUGCGUGGGUGCUUAUUGGUAUUGUCUCCUGGGGCACCAAAGACUGCAAUGUGCGCGCACCUGCUAUGUACACCCGAGUUAGCAAGUUCAGCGCCUGGAUCAACCAGGUCAUAGCCUACAACUGAGCCCACCACGGGCCCCUCCCCAGCUCAACCCAUUAAAGACUCAGGCCCUGUCCCAUCAUGCA